UUCGAACGAAAUAAGCGUCUUCCGAGCGACAAAAUUAUGCAUCAAGCGAGUAGUGCUUCGCGACCGGAACAGAAAAUAUGGAAAACUCUCCGAUUAGUGUCACGCUGCUGUUUCUGAUCUGUAAAGUGACGUUGGGGGCUAAACCCCAUCCCCUUUCCGAUGAAUACAUUUCCCAAUUGAACGCGAAGCAAUCACUGUGGAUGGCGGGCAGCAAUUUCGAAUUUAACAACGACCCGAAGAUGUGGUCGUAUGUCAAGAAAAUGGCCGGCGGGACUCUGAUUCAUCGACAAAGUAACCGAAGCACGCGAUCAAAUCUUAGAAUGACCGGAUCGUACGAUAUCAAAGUGACAGAUAUACCAGAAAUGUUCGACGCCAGAGAGAAAUGGCCAAACUGUACGUCUAUCGGACAAGUAUGGGAUCAAGGAGCUUGCGGCUCUAGUUGGGCGAUAGCUGCGGUGUCGGCUAUGUCCGAUAGAAUUUGCAUACACUCCAAUUUCACGGACCGCCCAAUCCUCUCCCCCGAAGAUCUGAUGUCCUGCUGCACGGAUUGCAGGUACGGAUGCGAUGGAGGAUACCCCUUCGCUGCUUGGGAAUAUUGGUUCACCAACGGAAUCACAACGGGGGGUGCCUACAACUCAACUGGAGGGUGCAAGGCCUAUACGAAUCAGCCAUGCGGCCACACCAAAUCCAGCACUUUAACGCUUUGCUCGACUUUGGAGCCCGCUUGUAUUCCUAACUGUCAGAGGACGUGUGACGCUCACUCUGAAGUAAACGUCGAUAGCUACGACGAAACACUAUAUUUCGGAUUCGAACCAUACGAGAACUUGUACUGCGACACUACGCAAAGCUGCAUCGAACAGUUGAAGUACGAGAUCAUGACGAAUGGCCCCGUCGAAGCAACCUUUGACGUUUACGCGGACUUUUUAAGUUAUAAGGGCGGUAUUUACUCGACUGUUGACCUAAGCGAAUUUGUAAGUUCCACGUCGGCGAAGUUGAUAGGAUGGGGGAUCGAAAACAACCAGUCCUAUUGGCUAGGCGUCAACUCGUGGAAUACCGAGUGGGGCGAAAACGGUUUGUUCAAAUUCCUGAUGCUCCAGCCGUUUCAGAUGCUUGAAUCGAAAAUCGUCGCCGCCAUGCCGAACUUUGCGAGGUCGAAGAUGGAUAGUAGACCCCGAAAUAACGCUUUUAAAAUAAAAAACGCCCGACUACGUGUGUUUUCAUUUUUGAUUAUUUUAAAAAUAGUUUGGUUAGCAAGGUUUUGUAUUUAGCGCAUUUAAUAAAUGUACAAUUCUCA